GAGUCGGUUGUGUGUACAUGAAAACUUUACAGUUGUCAGUAGUGGUUGCGAUGCACCAUUAUUUCGAAAAGUUAAAUGUUUAAGAUUUUUUUCAAAACAGAAUUUUGUCGGUGCUCGUCAUUACUCGAUGUUGGAUACAAACCAAUGCUUUUCUUUCAAACGUCCUCGAUAGCAACCUGUGGAUGCGGCGAUGAGCUUUGUUUACAUCGAGUGUGUGGAGGUCAUGUCACGUUUUUAAACCUAAUAUACUUACUUAUAUACUUGUUUUACACCUCACUCGAACUGGCUUCUGUUGCAACGAUACUUGGGGACAAGUAACAUUGUGGUUUUUAAGUUGGAGGUUGGAUGGGGCUUUCUCGAUGAUGUAACAAAACUCAUUGAAGAUGUAAUUCAUUUAAGGACUCGACUCAGAUUUACUGAGAUCAGUCUGCAAAGUGUGGGAGAACAAUCGAGGUUAGUAAAUAUGCCCUAUUUGAAUUAUAACCUCAAGAAUCCAGUGCUGGCUUCUGCCGCUGCCCCUUGUUCAGCCCCGUUUGGUUCUGUUUAUAUUCAUCCGUCCUACUGAUAAUUUCUAGUGAGGAGGCUCACCCUUGUGUAUGCUCGUCAUCAGCACACCUUCAUUUGUGUGCUUUAACUUUUACUACAGCCAAUCAGAACGACAUGCCAGGGAUAGCUCUCUGCAGCAUAGUCCAUCCUUCGGAUUUCCAGGUCGCUUGACCUUAGAAGAUUUACAGAGACCACCAGAUUCCCAACGGCGCCAGUCCAGCUGCAGCGGGCGGGAGAGGCCGAACGGUGUGACAGCGGGUCGGUGUGCUGCUGGAAGUCGCCCCCCAUCGCCAAAAGCUCAGGGGUCCUGUGGCCCCCCAGCCCACCAGCAGUCAGCCCCGGCCAGAGCCGCGGGGCAGAUGGAGGCGACCCCCUUCCGGAAGAAGCUGGGCUGUGUGCGACAGGAGAAUGCCUGUCUGUCCGUCCAACUCAUGCCUGACCUGGAGUCGUCUCAGUAUGAGCUGUCCUCCUCAAGGUCCAAGAUGGGGUCCAGUGUGGGGGUUAAGAGCCGUAAUGUGUCCGCGUUGACCGAGCAGAUCCUCAGCCUGGAGGCGGAGCUGGAGGCCCAGGCCGUGGAACUAAGGGCUGCUGAGCUGAGGGCGGAGCAGGCGGAGGAGGCCUCGGCCCACAGCGACCUCCUGGGGAACCAGCUGUCCCUGGAGCUGGAGGACCUGAGGCUGGAGCUGGACUCCAGGGCCGCAGUGGGGAAGCGGGCAGAGCAACAGAGGAACCAAGCGCUGCACAAUGCUGAGAAGCUGAAGGAGGCGUACAAAGAGUACAAGGGGACCAUAUCCCUCAAACUCAAGAAGGUGCUGGAGAGUGAGAGCCGGGUCAAGGGGAGCCUGGUGGUCUGCGACAGGGAGAAGGUAGACCUGGAGGUGAAGUGCUCUGUGCUGGAGAAGGAGCGGGCCGAGCAGAGCCAGACGAUCAGCCAGCUGAGGGGGGAGGUGCAGCAGGCCCGGGCCCUGUCCUCGGAGCGCUCCGGCCUCCAGGCCCUGCUGGACCAGGCCGGCCGUCGGACCUCCCAGCUGGAGAGGGAGCUGGGGGAGAGGGAGAGGCAGCUGGGGGAGCGGGCGGCGCAGGCCAGCGAGAGGCCCCGCCUCCUGCGGGAGCUGGAGGAGGCGCGGGGCGCGCGCCACGCCCUGGAGCAGAGGCUGGCCCAGGGCGUGCAGGACGCCCAGCAGAGCCAGGCAGAGCUGGCCGGCCUGGAGGCCAUCCUGGCCCUGCUGCAUCUCCGAGAGGGUCCAGAGGGGCCUCUUUGUGUCAGGCCUUGUCUGAUGCCCCAGGUGGACUACUCACUCCAUGCACAGCUGCUGAACCCAAAGCCAGGCGAGCGCUACCAGACGCUGCUGCCCGUGCUGCGGACCCUGGAGGGAGAGCGGCUGCGUCAGAGCGGCCUGGUGCAGCGGCUGCAGGAGCGUCUGAGCCGGGCCCAGGAGGAGGUGUCCUCCCUGCAGGCCUCCAUGGCCCAGAGAGCCUCCCACUACCAGGGCCUCCACACUCAGCUGCUGGAGAAGACCGGGCGCGCCACCGACACUGAGAAAGAGCUCAAGAGGAAGGGCGCACGUAUAAAGGGGCUGGAGAAACAGCUGCAGGAGAAAACAUCUGCUUCCAGCCAGGCCGCCCUGAGGAACACAGAGCUGGAGCAGCAGCUCCAGGAGAAGAGCAGCAGCCUGCAGCACUGCCAGUCCACCCUGUCCAAGAGGCAGAGAGAGCACCAGCAGGCCCUGGACCUCUGUCAGCACCAGCAGAGCACGCAGAGCCAGCAGCUCCAGCUCCAGAUAGAAGGGCUGCAGUGGUCGGUCGAGGAGGCGCGUCGCGGACGGCUGACGCUGCAACAGGAGCUGUCCUCAGCCCAGGAGGAGCGGGAGCAGGCCCAGAGAGGAGCUGCGCUGCUGCAGGCCUCCCUGGAGGAGCUGGCUCAGCAGAGGGAAAGUGCGGUCCAGCACAGCGAAGAGGCCCUGCGGUGUUUUGAAGAGGAGGCGAAGGAGUCUGCCAGCAAGAUCUCCAGCCUGCAGCAGGAGCUCCGUGGCGCCAGACUGGUGUGUGAGACCUCCACACAGCAGACCCUGCAGCUCCAGCGGUCCCUGCAGCAGCAGCAGGCCAUGCUGACGGAGAGCUCCGCCCGCGUCGCUGAGCUGGAGGACAGCCAGAGCCUGCUCCAGACACAGGUGUCGGGUCUGGAGAAGGAGCUGGAGCGGGCGCGGGCCGCCCUGGAGGAGGAGGCCCGGAGCAGGGAGAGCGAGGCGCGGGACGGCCGGAGGGAGGUGCAGGAGGCCACCCAGCAGGCAGCGCAGCUCUCAGAGACCGUCAGCAACCUGACGGCGGAGAUGUCCAAGGUGCAGGGCCAUCUGUGCUCCGUGGAGGCGGAGGUCCAGCGGCUGCGGCGGGAGGCGCGCGCCAGCAGCUCCCACGCCAGCGGGCUGGAGCAGAGGCUGCAGGGCGCCCAGGGCCUGCUGCGGACACAGACCCAGCUGGCGGAGGAGCUGGAGGAGAAGCUGCGUAGCGGCGAGGAGGAGCGGAGGAGCUCGGUGCAGCGGGUGGGGGAGCUGGAGGGCCAGCUGCAGGCGGUGCACGGGGAGCUGGGGGCCACGCUGGAGCGCCUGCAGGAGCUGCAGGACGUCCUGCAGAGGACCCAGGGCGCGGCCGAGGAGCGGAAGGCCUCCCUGGAGCGGCUGGGCCUGGAGCUGAGGGACACCAAGAGGGAGCUGGAGGAGAGAACCCAUGAGGUCCUGGACAUGGACACCGCCCUGAAGGAGAGACAGGGGGAGCUGCAGCAGCGCGCACAAGUGCUGGGGCAGCUGGACGUGGCCAUCCGUGACCACCGGCAGGAGAUGGAGCAGAAGGUGGAGGCGCUGCAGCGCCGCCUGGAGGAGAGGGAGGGCCAGCUGACGGAGGCCCGGGAGGAGCUGCUCAAAGCCAGGGAAGACAUUAAGGUGAGCGAGGACCUGGGCUGGCAGCUGCGUGUGUGUCGGGAGGAGCUGCAGAGUGCGUGUGUGCAGCGGGGGGAGAGGGAGCAGCACUGCGGGGGUCUGGCUGCACAGCUGGAGGCCAGCGAGGCGCAGGCAGACAGGAGGGAGGCCCGUGUGCGUGUGCUGGAGGAGGAGCUGGCGGUGAAGGAGGAGCACUGGCUGCAGAAGGAGGCGCGGCUGCAGGGCGUGGUCUCCUCCCUCCAGAGGGAGCUGCAGCAGGAGAGGGAGCAGCACAGCCAGGAGCUGGGCUCCCUGCAGCAGACCCGAGGCCAGCUGCUGAAGGUGUCGGAGCAGAUCUCCUCCACCAUGCGCUCCUCCCAGGAGGAGCUGGGCGCCCGGCUGCAGCAGAGCCAGGCCCAGCUGGAGGAGGCCCGGGCCGGGCACCAGCGCGCCCUGGGCCGGGCCGCGCAGCUCCAGGCCCAGCUGGAGCAGGCCGCCGCCCAGCUGGGCCUCACCAGCACCGCGCUGGACCACAGCCGGGACCAGGCCGGCCGCCUCCAGGCCCGGCUGGAGCAGGGCCAGGCCCGGCUGGGCCAGGCUGAAGCCCUGGGCGCCCAGCUCACCGCCAGGCUGCUAGGGGCGGAGAAAGAGGUGGAGGCGGCCAACGAGUCCCUGGUCAUCAAGGAGUCGGCGGUGACCCGUCUGCAGGCGCGGCUGUCCAGCCUGGAGCGCUCGUCGGACCCCCGCUCCUCCCCUCUUGCCCCGUACACACCGCUGCCAAAGCCCCUCCCGGCCCCGGACGCAGUCGCCCCGGCUCCCCCCUCCCCUCGGACACGCUCCCCUCGACGCCGUCCCGCCCCGGGACACGCCCCGCCGCGGGAGCCCUGGCCCUCGGCGCUUGACCCCCGGUCCUCGCCGCCGCCCGCCGCCGUCCACACCGGCGCCGGGCCCCCUCCCCGGCCCCUUGCCCUCGACCGGUCCUCGCUGUCCCUCCCGCCCUCGGAGCGCUCCACCCUGGCCUGGCUGCGCUCCACCAGCGCCGACUCGUCCCUGGACCUCCCCCCGGAGCUGAGGGCGGCGCUCCGGGACGCCCUGAGCCGGAGGCCCCGGGAGUCCUCCGCCCGCCACUCCCCCCACCCCGACCCCGACCCCCACCCGGUGGACCAGAGCUGGCAGGGCCUGAGCUCCCUGGAGCCCGACACCACCGGUACCACCACCACCUCCACCUCCGCCUCCGACCUCUCCUUCAACCCCCUCACCUACAUGCUGGACCGGGCGGGGGGCGAAGACGAGGAGGAAGAGGAGGAGGACGGUGGGAGGGGGGGAGGCGCCAAGCCGAGCGGCGAGUGGGACGAGGGGCCGGUGGGCCGGUCUGGGGGGCCCCUGGGCUCUCUGUCGGGCAUGCUGAGGUUCGUGAACCAGACGCUGGCCAUGCAGGAGGACACGUCGCUGUGGGACGCCGGCCAGGCGUCGUGAGCCCCGGGCAGGGACACGCCGCCACCGGGGGUCCAGAUCAAGCUCCAAGGCAAGUCCUGCUGCUGAUUUGGCUGUGACUUGACUGGAUAACAUGUCAUUCUCGCCAGCACCAACGACCAAAAGACUGUCCAGUUCCAGCUCUGUGUCACCCUAUGUUCUUACUCUAUGAUGUUGCUUGUUUAAACAUGUAUAUUGUGUAAUGUAUUUGUAAUAUAUAGUAUUUUUGUUUUGCAUCCUUUUAGAUUACCGAAGUAACUAGCUACAUUUAUUAAAAUGUUUUGUUAUGCUA